AUGCAGUUCUCUCUCUCCGCCAUUGCCCUGGCCUUCGCCAGCCUCGCCGUCGCCAUGCCCACUGAGCACUCCGCCCUCGAGUCCCAGCACGAGGCUCCUCGCUUCAAGGUCCCCGACAGCAUGACUGUCGAGCAGGCCCAGGCCAAGUGUGGUGACCAGGCUCAGCUCUCUUGCUGCAACAAGGCUGUCUACGCCGGUGACACCACCGAUGUCAACUCCGGUGCCCUCGGCGGUCUCCUUUCCAACCUCAUCGGCUCUGGCUCCGGCGCCGACGGUCUUGGUCUCUUCGAUCAGUGCUCCAAGCUCGACGUCCAGAUCCCUAUCCUCAUUGCUGUUCCUGUCCAGGACAUCCUCAACCAGCGCUGCAAGCAGAACAUCGCCUGCUGCGCUAACUCGCCUGGCAGCGCCAACUCUGAUGGUGUCGGUGCCAGCCUUCCUUGCGUUGCCCUCGGCUCCAUUCUGUAA